GCCGUUCCUGAAAUCAUGCUGCCCAUCUGGUUUACCUCAAACUUGGAUAUUGUGGCCACGUACAUCCAGGAUCCCAACGAGGACUGUCUGUACCUCAACAUCUACAUCCCCACGGAGGAUGUAAAACGGAUUUCCAAGGAAUGCACCCGAAAGCCCAACAAGAAAAUAUGUAGGAAAGGAGGAGCCAGCGCUAAGAAACAGGGAGAGGACUUAGCGGAUAAUGACGGGGAUGAAGACGAAGACAUCCGGGACAGCGGGGCCAAGCCGGUGAUGGUGUAUAUCCAUGGUGGCUCGUACAUGGAGGGCACAGGGAACAUGAUAGACGGCAGCGUCCUGGCCAGCUACGGGAACGUGAUUGUCAUCACCCUGAACUACCGCGUUGGAGUGCUCGGGUUCCUGAGCACAGGGGACCAGGCUGCUAAGGGCAAUUACGGGCUGCUGGACCAGAUACAGGCGCUGCGCUGGGUCAGCGAGAACAUCGCCUUCUUUGGGGGAGAUCCCUUACGGAUCACCGUCUUCGGCUCUGGCAUCGGUGCCUCCUGCGUCAGCCUGCUCACCCUCUCCCACCACUCUGAAGGUCUCUUCCAGAGAGCCAUCAUCCAGAGCGGCUCUGCGCUCUCCAGCUGGGCGGUGAACUACCAGCCCGUGAAGUACACCAGCAUGCUGGCCGACAAGGUGGGCUGCAACGUGCUGGACACGGUGGACAUGGUGGACUGCCUGCGGCAGAAGAGUGCCAAGGAAUUGGUGGAGCAAGAUAUCCAGCCGGCUCGCUACCACGUGGCCUUUGGGCCAGUCAUUGACGGGGAUGUAAUCCCAGACGACCCAGAGAUCCUGAUGGAGCAGGGCGAGUUCCUCAACUAUGAUAUCAUGCUGGGGGUCAACCAGGGUGAGGGUCUGAAGUUCGUGGAGGGUGUGGUGGACCCCGAGGACGGUGUCUCGGGCAGUGACUUUGACUACUCAGUCUCCAACUUUGUAGACAAUCUGUACGGCUACCCUGAGGGCAAGGACACCUUGCGGGAGACCAUCAAGUUCAUGUACACGGACUGGGCUGACAGGGACAACCCUGAGACACGUCGCAAGACUCUGGUGGCCCUCUUCACUGACCACCAGUGGGUAGAGCCAUCAGUGGUGACGGCCGACCUGCACGCCCGCUACGGCUCCCCCACCUACUUCUACGCCUUCUACCACCACUGCCAGAGCCUCAUGAAGCCUGCGUGGUCCGACGCAGCCCACGGGGAUGAGGUGCCUUAUGUGUUCGGGAUCCCCAUGAUUGGCCCCACAGACCUCUUUCCCUGCAACUUCUCGAAGAACGACGUCAUGCUCAGUGCCGUGGUGAUGACCUACUGGACCAACUUUGCCAAGACAGGGGACCCCAACAAACCCGUCCCCCAGGACACAAAGUUCAUCCACACCAAGGCCAAUCGUUUUGAGGAGGUGGCCUGGUCCAAGUACAACCCCCGUGACCAGCUGUAUCUGCACAUCGGGCUGAAGCCACGGGUACGUGACCACUACCGGGCCACCAAGGUGGCUUUCUGGAAGCACCUGGUCCCCCACCUGUACAACCUGCAUGAUAUGUUCCACUACACCUCCACCACCACCAAAGUGCCACCACCUGACACCACGCAGAACUCCCACAUCACCCGCCGGCCCAAUGGCAAGACCUGGGCCACCAAGCGCCCCGCCAUCUCACCCACCUACAACAGCGAGAAUGGGAAGAAGUGGAGCCCAGAGCAGGAGGCGGGCACCCUGCUUGAGAGCCCCCGUGACUACUCCACCGAGCUGAGCGUCACCAUAGCCGUAGGCGCCUCCCUCCUCUUCCUCAACGUGCUGGCCUUCGCCGCCCUCUACUACCGCAAGGACAAGCGUCGGCAGGACACGCACCGGCAGGCCAGCCCCCAGCGUGGCGCCGCCAAUGACAUCACCCACGCGCCCGACGAGGAGAUGCCCUCCUUGCAGGUGAGCCAGGGGCACCAUGAGUGCGAGGCUGUGCCGCCCCAUGACGCCCUGCGCCUGGCUGCUCUGCCCGACUACACCCUCACCUUGCGCCGCUCUCCGGAUGACAUCCCGCUCAUGACCCCCAACACCAUCACCAUGAUCCCCAACUCGCUGGUGGGGCUGCAGACCCUGCACCCCUACAACACCUUCACUGCCGGCUUCAACAGCACAGGCCUCCCGCACUCACACUCCACCACCAGGGUAUAG